CAAUUCGCAAAUUGCAAUGACGUUCCGUUGAGAGCGGUCGUUCGUUCGUGCGGUAUUCAUUGUAACUGGCGUAAUAUUGUGAGACAUUAAUUGUUUCCGAUUGCACCGGCGGUCGUUCGCUAGCUUCUAGCUAUGGCGGACGAAGAUAAUAACUGUGAUGACGGUGGUGGUGAUCUUAAGGCGGGGCAGGCGUUUAAGCUUCGAGGCCGCAAAGGUGCUCUGAAGAAGAAGAAUGUUUACCUGGUGAAAGACCACAAGUUUAUGCCGAGGUUCUUCAAGCAGCCAACAUUCUGUUCCCACUGCAAAGAUUUCAUAUGGGGUUUCGGCAAACAAGGCUUCCAGUGCCAAGUGUGCAGUUUCGUAGUGCACAAGCGAUGCCACGAAUAUGUCACCUUCACGUGUCCCGGGGCGGACAAGGGAGCGGAUUCCGACGACACUCGUACCAGGCACAACUUCCGUUCCUGCACUUACUCGUCGCCAACCUUCUGCGACCACUGCGGCUCGCUGCUGUACGGGCUCAUCCACCAGGGCCUGAAGUGUCAAGCAUGCGAUAUGAACGUGCACAAACGCUGCGAGGAGUCGGUGCCCAAUCUCUGCGGCUGCGAUCACACGGAGCGGCGCGGGCGCAUCCAGCUCACCGUCUCGUGCGUUGGCAACAAGCUCACUGUUGUCGUGAAGCAGGGCCGCAAUCUGAUACCGAUGGACCCCAACGGCCUGUCCGACCCCUACGUGAAGCUCAAACUGAUCCCCGACUCGGACAACGUCAAGAAAAAAACGAAGACCAUCCGCAGCUCCCUCAACCCGGAGUGGAACGAGACGCUCACGUUCGAUCUGAAGCCGGAGGAUAAGGACAGGCGGUUGCUGAUUGAGGUUUGGGACUGGGACCGCACCUCCCGCAAUGACUUCAUGGGCUCCCUCUCCUUCGGCAUCUCCGAGCUGAUGAAGGCUCCCGCCGACGGCUGGUUCAAACUGCUCACCCAAGAGGAGGGAGACUAUUACAACGUGCCAGUGCCAGAGGAGGGCGCUGACUUGGCCCAGCUGAAAAACCAAAUGAAAGCCACUAACGUUGGCGCCCGCAGACCUCCACCGCCGCCUGACAGGGAAGUGCCCCACAAUAUGGCAGCCGCUGACGUCAUCCGAGCGACUGAUUUCAACUUCAUUAUGGUACUGGGGAAAGGAUCAUUUGGUAAGGUGAUGCUAGCAGAGCGUCGCGGCACAGAUGAGCUGUACGCCAUCAAGAUUCUGAAGAAGGACAUCAUCAUACAGGACGAUGACGUGGAAUGCACCAUGGUGGAGAAGCGUGUGCUUGCUCUUAGCAGCAAACCACCAUUCCUGGUACAAUUGCACUCCUGCUUCCAGACCAUGGAUCGUCUGUACUUCGUGAUGGAGUACGUGAACGGCGGAGAUCUCAUGUUCCAGAUCCAGCAAUGCGGGAAAUUCAAGGAACCAGUGGCUGUCUUCUACGCCGCGGAGAUCGCGAUAGGGCUGUUCUUCCUGCACUCGCGCGGCAUCAUCUACCGCGAUCUGAAGCUCGACAACGUGCUGCUCGACCAGGACGGCCACAUCAAGAUAGCCGACUUCGGCAUGUGCAAGGAGGGCAUCACCGGCGACAAAACAACCAAGACCUUCUGCGGCACACCGGACUACAUCGCGCCGGAGAUCAUCCUAUACCAGCCGUACGGGAAGUCGGUGGACUGGUGGGCGUACGGCGUGCUGCUGUAUGAGAUGCUGGUGGGGCAGCCGCCGUUCGACGGAGAGGACGAGGAGGAGCUGUUCGCGGCCAUCACGGACAAUAGCGUCUCGUAUCCGAAGACGCUGAGCAAGGAGGCGAAGGACGCGUGCAAGUCGUUCCUGACGAAGGUGCCGCUGAAGCGGCUCGGCUGCGGCGCGCGCGGCGAGGAGGACGUGCGCACGCACCCGUUCUUCCGCCGCAUCGACUGGAGCCGCGUCGAGGCGCGCGACGUGCAGCCGCCCUUCAAGCCCAAGAUCAAACAUCGCAAGGACGUGUCGAACUUCGACAAGCAGUUCACCGGCGAGAAGACGGAGCUGACGCCGACCGACAAGCUGUUCAUGAUGAACCUCGACCAGACCGAAUUCAUGGGCUUCUCCUUCCUCAACCCGGAGUACGUGCAGCACGUCUGAGCUGGUUAAAUGAAACAUCUAUCUUGGAAUACUUUAGCGUGACUGACGUAUUGGCCUUGAAAUCACCAACUAUUGUCUGUCUCUGUCGCUCAUACAAUACAUCGUGUACCUCUCUCACUCACUCAUAUGGACUCGACACCAAAAAACGCUGUUCUUCGAAUACAUCUCGUGUUUCAAUUGCUCAUUCCCGUAUUAUAGUUAUUUAUGUUGAAACGAGUGGUAUUAGUCAAGUAUUGUUCCCAUCCAUUGCGGCAUGACUUGUUUUAGUAUUAUUUAAUCGUGGCAAUAAUUUUGUUGUUUGUCAACGAAAGUUAAAGCAAUACUUAUAUAAGCUCUCUAAUUUAGUCUGUGGAUCUUUGAACGACUAUUCUAUGUUCGAAGUUUGGUUUCGAAAUUCAAAAUUCGAACGUCUAAAUUUUCUAGUUAAAAAAAAUUUAGAAUUCGAUUUUUUUUUUCGUUACUAGUUCAUGUAUUUGCUUUUUGACUUUCGAACUUUAUAAUGAUUACUCCAUUAAAUAUCGCGAUCUUGGGGCCACUUCUAUUCAUACGUUUUUCUAUGGAUUUUUUUUUUUACGUAGCUUUGCGCGUUUCUCUCCUCUAUUUGAUCGUUUUAAAGUCUAUAAUCGUAUUUCACAUAUCAGUGUGCGUGUGUCGUGUCGUGCGGAUGGCUUAGGUUUAAUGUAAGUGUUAAUUAUUUAUUUUUUUAUGUUUUAUUGUUGUUAAGUAUUAUCGGGGUUAGCGAUACGGUUGUUGAUUUGACGUUCUUUGUGCAUUUUUUCGUCAUUUCAAUUCGGAACGCCGUCGUGUGACGUCACGCGUGAUAAAAGUGAAAAAUACACAUGAUGGGUUGGUAAAUAAUUUUUUGCCAAGAGUGUUGGCUUUCCCCGAAAUAAGUAUAUUUUGUAGUCUCGUACAGAAUCUCGAUUUAAUUUUAUUGAGAUUUCUAAUAAUAUCAUCAGUACGGCUGUAUUUUGGCUGUUUAAGUUUUCAUUAUAUUUUAAGUUUUGUUAUUUAAUUGUACGUUAUGUAUGUGUGUGUUUUUUGGAUUUGUGCGCUCCUAUUACGCGGUUAUGUUAAAUAGUUUUGUAAUUUUAUUUUUCUUAAAUAUAUGUGUAUUUUUGUUAUAAUUUUUGCAAUUUAACAUAAUCGCGCGAUAAUCGCUUUGGCUAAAAUGUAAGAUAAAUAGCCUUACUAACUUAAAAAAAUGUUAAUAUCGUAAAUUAAAUAAAAUACAUUUAAAAUAUGAAAUCUCGCUAGACUAAAUGUGAAUUUAAAAAUGUGAAGCAUUCGAUUCUAAAGUGGAUUAAUAAAAUGACAUAAUAUAGCUAACUGAAGCCUGUAAGACUUUCGCGAAUUGUAAGUUUUAAAUUUUCGAUAUGGCUUCUUGGUAAGUAUUAUCGUUCGUAGGUUUAGGUAAGUACCUGACCAUUUUCUUACCAAUGUCACCAUGUUUUGUUAUUGGUUGAAUAGGGCUCUAAUUAUUUUGAUGGGUUCUCUGAAAUUAAGUCAGUUUUUUUAUCGUAAUCUGUACAGUUAUAUUUUGUAUUAUAUUUUACAUAACGGAUAUUUUAUUAUAUUUUUUUUUUUGUAAUUAAAUGUUGGUUAGGAAAGGGUCAGGUUUUUAAAUAUCAGCUGGAGAGGGAUGCAAAGUAGUUAUCCCGCUACCCUUAGCUGAAACAUAGGUUCAUACAUAGGUUCACGUAAUAUAUUUCAUAAAAACACUCCUAAAUUAAUUAACUUCCACAGUUAUAUUGUUAGUAUUGGUAUUAGACUUUUAACAGAUUACAAGUAAUAUUUAUUUCAUUUUAAAUUAGUGCACAAGUCUGCGUAUUGAUAACCGCUAAGCUAAUAUUGAUAAAUCGAAUAUAUCAAAGAACUGGAAUGAUCAUAAGAAGUAUAAAACUGGGUCGCGGUUUAUACUGCAACUAAGUUUUUAAAUAUAUGUAGUUGUAUAAAUAUUUUUAAAUAUUUAAACAUUUCAUCACUCAGCUUUAGUUCCUAAUUUAAUACUCAAUUUAAAUGAAAUAAAAUAUUAAUUAGAAUAAUCUGUAGAACACAUUUUCAAAUUAAUAUAAACUUGAUUAUGUUUUAUUUGACAUUAAAAAACUCAUUUAUAAGAACAAAAUAAUUUGACAUCUAAAUUCCCGCCAAAGUUGCCGCUUAAAGCGCCAUUUUGAAUGUUACUCUGGAAUCAAAUUCGUUCACAUAUUAUUUAAAAUUAAAAACUUUCUUUAUCAAACACAAAACAACUGAAAUGGCAGAAAGCACAGACCAUACAUUGAACUGGAUAGGGUUAGCAUCUACCGUGUCACAAAAUAAGUGCAAAAGACAUACAAUUCGAACUCAUCAGAAAUAAAUUAACUGUUAAUAUAUACGUUGGGCCAAAAAAUCGAAGUCCCAUAUCACCUUAUGGGGUAUGGGGCGUUUAUCAUACGUUUCACUUCUCAUUUUCUUUACGGGUAACUGGGAGGCUAGCCUUCUGUUGCCGAACUGUUUAAUUUGUCUAAACCAAUCGUAAAACCAGAAAUUCUUUGGAUCUAACUGGCCAACUAAAUAGAAUCAAUAUGGUUGUAGGUAAAUAAUAUAUAUAAUUUUAUUUUUAUAUUUGCGUUAAUAACCCUUAUUGACAUUUAUACGAAAUUGUUGUUUUAAUUUUUUUCUACAUUUAAGCGUCAUGCACACUCCAGCUAGUACGUAUAUGGUCUGUGGCGGUCUGUCAGUGUUGCUAGAGUAUAUAUCUUAUAUAUCUUCCCUUAUAUCGUAUAUAUCUUCCUCUCCUUCCGAUGACUUAGUCACUCUGUAAAUUAGUAAGUGAAACUUGUAGCGAUCUAUUAUGUUUAAUUAUUAUUAAGAUCUCACACGUAUAUAUGUAAGCACAAGCGUUUGUUUGUCACCUCGUUAACUAUUUAAAGUUACCAGUGUAGAAAAUUUAAGUAUUUUUUUUUUCUUUUUCAGUGCUAUAGUGCAAUGUUCACGUCGAAAUUAUUUAUGUGUUCAAUAUGAAAUAGGUUUGCUUUAACAUGUAAUUUUCGUGGUUUCAGAUUAAUUAAUUUAAAUAAAUAUAAAUUUAUCAGUUUUAAGUUAUGACGUUUGAGUUGUGUACGAAAUUUUAUUUUUUUAACGCUUAUCUGUUAAUUUUAAUUUGCUAGAUGAAUAGGCCUAACUCUCACCUUCAUAGGAUAAGCCCGUAGAUGAUACAGGAUCUUAGUAUUAAAAUUUUAUCUCGUUUUAAUAUAUUAUACAUUUUACGGCGUCGUAUAUUAAUAUUUAACGCGUCGCCUGUGCCAAAAGUGUAAUCAUUCUCCCCAAAUAUUAGUAUUAGCGUACCUCACUUUAAUGUUAAUGCAUUUUUUAUUGUUCAGUGUUACCAGUUCAUUAUUAUAAAACUGAACUCGUUAAAAUUACUAACACUUUCUUUCAAAUUAACCUUCUCGAAAUAUCUAGCUCAACAUUUUUUAUUUUUUCUUUUGUUGGCCAUAUAUAUUAAAACAUCUACUGCCAUGCAUAUGAACUGGUAACACUUUACAAGUAUUCACAUUUUUGAAAUUUAUUACAUGAUUGUUGCACCACUCUAAGUUAGAUGUGUAAUAUUCUCUGGCGAAUUCAAAUUACAUAUUAUGCUUGAAGAAAUUCUUAUAUUAUUACUAUCAUCAUGUUAACAAUAUUUGAUUUCAAGUGUUUUAAUAUCUACAUAAUGUAUGUAUCUCAUUUUUUUUUUUACUUUCAAAUUCGGAUAAAUGUUCCAUUUCCUAAUUUGAAUUCGCCACAUCGUUAGUAUAGCGAAUCUAACAUUAUUCCUUCUGACCAUGUUUCUGACAAUAUUAAAACAAUUUUUGAAAUGUGUUAAUACUCCUUGUGCCUCGUGAAGUUUUCUAUUUCUAUUGUAUGUUAUUAUUGUUCCCCGAUGUUGCCAUCAUACGACAAAAUUCAAAAUUUACCACCUCCACCACCCCAUAUCAUACAAAACAUUGGUAUGGGUUUGUGACGAAAAAAAAUAUUCAAAAAUACACAGAAGUAUAUGCAGAUUGGUACUGUGGCAAGUGUAUCGGUUCUCAAAACUGUAAUGCAAUAUUAAUAAAUAUUAUCUGUUUUAUCACUACUAUUACGUCACUCUGUCGCUCCCUAUCGGUAGCAUUUUUCAACUGUGUAAGCGUAAGGAAUUUUCUUUUAAAACGAUACGAUAUACAAGCAGUUCACAUUUGAAAAAUAUCUAUUGACCAAUAGUUCACUGUAUUCAAAAGUGUCAACAAUUCGAGCUUUCCUAUUGGCUGUUUUUUGACUUUUGAAAAGAAAAUUCUGCGCAUGCGUUUAUGAAAAUAUAUUUUAUUGCUAAAUUCUAAUAUUUGAUAUUAAUAGCGUAGUGGAAUUCGAUUUGUAGUUACAUUCGUCAUUUUCAUGUGAAAUUGUCAUUUUAAUAACGGUUGGGUGUAACGAGCUCGCUCGCGGGUAAGAUGUGUGGAUUCUUCUCGAAUGAACUGUGAAUUGUACUCAAUAAUAUGAAUUAAAUUUCUAAUCCAUUA